AUGGCGGCUUUUCGUGCGGGAAUCCGCUGGGCGGACAUGUCAACGGAGUCAUUUAGCCGCAGCAAAACAGCGCCAGGGAGCACUGCGAAUGCGGCCCUGUUGCUUCAGGCUGAGCAGGCAGAUCAGUCUUAUGCCCCAGGCGAGGCUGUUGUUCUCCCUGAGUUUGAAAACAGUCAGGCAGGGAUGAACCAGUACUUCCUUGCUGCGGCUGCGCUUGGUGAGGAUUCCAGCAAGCCUGGAGCCCCUUGUAGCGAAGGCACGGAUAAUGCAGCAGCUGCCUGUUCAUCGAUCAAGUCGGAUUCUAGCAAGGCAAGUCCUGCAGAAGAGAGGAAGGGUGCUGAGAAAAUGCCGGGGUUCAAAGGGUUGCUGGUGGGAUCGCCAAACGAUGGAAGCAGUUCAGGCGCUGGCGAAGAGCAUCAGACAGCUGGUAGACGGGAGCGGAACCUGGCGAAUGGAGCAUUGGACUCGGCUACUCUAACGCCAGCCAAGAGGAAUAGGAGGACUUCUGAUGCUCCAAGCGGAGGCCCCUCUGCGGUCAUGCAAAACUCGGAGGCUCCUGCGCAAGACGGGUGUUCAUCGGCUGCUCAGGAGGUUCCAUGUCAGCGACUCCCCCAUAGCAAGAGACGCAAAUCUGCACUCUCUCGCCGGUCCGUAGAUGGCCAAUUUCCCGAAAAAGCCGGUAGUAUCGAUGCUGCCAUUGUUUCUCAUGGACAGCAGGCGAAGCGCCGCAGCGCGAAGGGCGCGAAUCGACGCCGAUCAGGCACUACGCGCACGUCAUCAGAAGGAUCAUCCAGUGUAGGCUUGCUACUUCAGAUGGGUGCCCCUGCUUUCCUACAGUUGCCAGGUCUCGUUUCUCCUAUGUUCAUGCCGGUCGGGUUGCCCCCCGGCACAGCUGCUCCGCUACCUGGCUUGCUGCAUCCUCAAGUGGUGCAGCAGCAGCAGGCGAGAGUGAAUAGUAGCAAGGAGCAACAGGAGCAGGAGGAUGAAGAAGAAUGGCAGCGACGCGAAUGUGCAAGAAUGAAAGACAUCGCCAUCGGCAAGGCUACUGCUGGCUACCGUAAUUUCCUGAAGCAGGUUGGGACGGAGCGCCGUUCUGAAGGGGAUCCAAUGACCCCAGAUGCAAAAUUGCGAUGCAGCAAGGCUCAUUUUCAGAGAGCUUAUCAGAAGUGGAGAAAGCAGUUACAUCAGUAUGAUACGGUUCAGGAUGAAGCUCCAGCGGAUGCUCCAGCCUCAGCCGAAGCACAAUCAGCUACGUCAGCUACUGAGGAGACAGAAAGUGGACAACAUGCAGAGCCGUAUGACCCUUCUGAUCAACAGGACUUGGAGGCGAUCUUGGCAUUCAACAAAGAAUGCGAACUAGCGGGGCUGUAG